AUGACCCGAGGUCCAGAAACCCCCGGGGGCGUGAUCUCUGCAGACGUUGCAGUGAAGCUCUUCAUGCAGACAGAUUGUAAAUGCCACGGCCUGUCGAGCUCGUGCACCUUACGUACGUGCUGGAAGAAGAUGCCUCCCUUCCGUAAGGUGGGCGACCACCUGCUGGAGAGAUUCAACGGUGCGUCCAAGGUGAUGGGGGGCAACGACGGAAAGACCCUGAUCCCCGUGGGCCAGAACAUAAAACCUCCCGAUAAGCAGGAUCUGAUCUACUCGGACGAGUCUCCCGAUUUCUGCCUGGCGAAUCGGAAAACGGGUUCCCUGGGGACGCGGGGACGCAUGUGCAACAGCACGGCCAUGGACAUCAGCGGCUGCGAUCUGCUGUGCUGCGAGCGCGGCUACAGGGAGGAGACGGUGGUGUUCGAGGAGAAUUGUCUGUGUCGUUUCCACUGGUGUUGCGUGGUGCAGUGUAAGAAGUGCCUGGUCCGAAAAGAUCUGAGUCUCUGCCACUGAUGACCCGAGGUCCAGGUCGCACAUAAGGUCAAAACGCGGUCCGCGGCCCCUUAUAUUGUCCUUCAGAAACCCCCGGGGGCGUGAUCUCUGCAGACGUUGUCGGAGGAUAGGCCGCACCGUCCGUUUUCAUCGCCCGAAAUUUGGUCCAAUUGGAAUAAAAGCCGCAGCUUUAUUUUGUUGACGUACAGUACGCCUGUUCCCGUUUCACUUUAUUCAGUUUAGUUUGAGAGAAUCCUCAGUGAUCCCAGUGUCGACACCGCCACAAGGACGACGUUGUCCACGAAGUUUAAUAUUAGGCCAAAAUCUCCUCGGUUUGUGGGCCAUCGGACGGCUCAAAAAAAGGGAAACAAAACGACGUGACGUAGAGGGAUGAAAUAAAAGAACACGUUCGUUUCUGAACUUCCUGUUGUGUUUUUCUAGUUAAAGAAAAAGGACCAAAGAAUGUGAAAAUGUUUUUCCAUCCAACUGGAAGACGGAGACCUGGACUAACUCCUGGCUGCCACUUCUUCUUCUUCUUCUUCUUCUCCUUCUUCAUGCAGUUCACCAGCAUCUCUGCCUUGAUGUGUGGCUGUCACCUGGUGCAGCACCUGGUUUAACCAUGGUUUCCUCUAAACUCUCCACAGUCACCAGGAUGAAACUGGGGUCGUUGUUGUUUUGUUUUUUUCUCCUCUGUUCUUAGUGAACCGACUCCGUCUGUUUAGUCUCUGCAGAACUGAAUAACAUUGUAGUUGCAUCUUUAACUGGUGAUUAGAAGAAUACGCAGAAAUGUUGGUUUAUUUUAUUCAAAACAUCUGUCAAACCAAACCCAAACCAUGAAAAAAGAAAACAAGGAUCCUAGCAUAUUUAAAGAUCAGCGUCAACCCCACGUCACCCAGACAGACUGGACCUGUCAGUGACCUGACAGUUAUUUAUAAAAUGAUAAAAAUGACAAGACUACUCACUUCCAUCUCUGUCUCAGAAGCACUUUGGAUAGGAGGCUGCCGCGGACUCAGCCGACCAAUGGGAACUCUCUGUGACGGCGGUUUCCUCGUAACCAGCAGAAAAAAGAAAAAAAACCACAUGUACUUGUCAGUGUUUGGUUUUGUUUAUCUGUUAUGGGCUAAUGUAAUAAUGCACUUUGGAUGUUGGCUUUCAUCAGAUAUGUACGUGUGUGUGUGUGUGUGUGUGUGUGAGAGAGAAAGUCUGGUUGGGAAUUCCCAACUUCAUUAAUUUGAGUUUGUUUCAAGUCCUGAAGUGUGUGUGUGUUUGUGUGAGAGAGAGAGAGAGACUCUGUGAGUUAUUGAACGAGACACCUUGUGAGUGACUGACGAGGUGAAGACCUGCUCUACGUCCAUGUCCACGUCCACGUCCACGUCACAUGCUCCCAUGCUGGUGGUCUAGUUUCUACAGCACCAUUUACCGGACACUUCCUGUUCUAUAUCUUCAACUUCCUGUCGGACGUUAAACUUCUGUGAUUGGUUAUUAAAAGCACACGGCUUUUCGACUCGCUGUCUCAGUGUGAGGCGGGCAGGAUGUUCAAGUGUGUCCGUCGUUUCACUGAUGAAUCUGUAACGUCAUCUCGUCCACGACACCAUUAAAACAAUGACAUAUAUGAGACACCAGGCCAGAGUGUUUGAAUGUUGGCUCAGUGUCCACAGUUUUAGCC